AUGGCGUUCACUGCUGAGGAGCUUGCGCUGGCGGAGCCCCAGAAGGAGUCGACCAUUGAGGCCUGGUACAUGGACGAUUCCGAGGAGGAUCAGCGGCUGCCACACAGGCGAGCGCGGCGGAGCCCAAACAAGCCGGCCACUCUGUCGGACCUGUCAAAGCUCGGGGUCACGACGUGGCAGCUGGACGCGGACGCACACGAGACAGACCCCAAGCUGGCGGCGGUCCGCAAGGUCCGCGGCUACUCUUACACGGAGAUCAUCACAAUUUCCAAGGACAAGCUCCCCGGCUACGAGGAGAAGAUCAAGAGCUUCUACGAGGAGCACAUUCACAACGACGAGGAGAUCAGGUGA